UAUUCAGCCGUCAGCGCGACAGUCACACCGUGGAUUGCAGCCACAGAAUCAUGCAUCAAUAGAGCUUAUAUUAACAGUAGCUGUUCAUGUGCUGGACACAUAUGCGCAUGUAAGUGUCGCGUAUGUGUAGAGGGAUAA